GCCAAAGCUGGGCGGCAAACAAACCAGCUGACAGCUGGUCUUCUUCGUCCCCGUCACCCCACAAACCCGAGGACCUCCUCCUCCUCGCGAUGCAUCCUCCGCGGCUCGCUCCGCUGCGGCAAUCGACCUUUCAGGUCCUUUGGAAUUUCAAAUCACCAACCUCGAUCCUUUCACGUCGACCUUUCGCCUCCUCGACAAUCACCUCCAUCUUUGACGCGGUGAAAGGUCGACUUGACCUUUCAUCACCUCGACUAUUCGACGACCUUCAUCUCGUUCCGAAUCACAAACGUUCAGUCAAUGUUUCUCACCGUCCUCAGGACACACCAAAGACCCAGCAGAGACACUCACCAACCUUCAGUCGUCGAUUCUCGACCCUGCGACUACUACAACCACUCCUAUUCAUCUUCUGGUCCUCUUCUCUCAGAAGGAGCCAACUUCGCCCUCCCUUCCGCUCUCUGCGCCAUUGCCUGGUCCCAUUCGAACCUCCUCUCUGGCGUGGUACGCCCAGCAGCCUUCAACCAUCAUCUGCGCCCUGCGUCACGGCAAUCAGGUCCCUGAUCCUCUUUGCCGCAGUUUCCGGAGGUUUUUGGACACCACUCUCCGAUCUCUCCCCGUGCUCUCUCCGCAGAUCUCCUCUCCCCGUGCUCUCUCCUCAGAUCUCCUCUCCCCGUGCUCUCUCCGAGGAUCUCUUCUCCCCGUGCUCUCUCCUCAGAUCUCCUCUCCCCGAGCUCUCUCCUCAGAUCGCCUCUCCCCGUGCUCUCUCCUCAGAUCUCCUCUCCCCGUGCUCUCUCCGCAGAUCUCCUCUCCUCGUACUCACUCCUCAGAUCUCCUCUCCAAAACCCUCUCCUCAGAUCUCCUCUCCCCGUGCUCUCUCCUCAGAUCUCCUCUCGCAGUGCUCUCUCCUCAGAUCUCCUCUCCCCGUGCUCUCUCCGCAUAUCUCCUCUCCCCGUGCUCUCUCCUCAGAUCUCCUCUCCCCAUGCUCUCUCCUCAGAUCUCCUCUCCCCGUGCUCUCUCCGCCGAUCUCCUCUCCCAAUCUCCUCUCCCCGUGCUCUCUCCUCGGAUUUCCUAUCCCUGUGCGCUCUCCUCAGAUCUCCUCUCCCCGUGCUCUCUCCAGAUCUCCUCUCCCCGUGCUCUCUCCGCAGAUCUCCUCUCCCUGUACUCUCUCCUCAGAUCUCCUCUCCCCGUGCUCUCUCCUCAGAUCUCCUCUCCCCGUGCUCUAUCCUCAGAUCUCCUCUCCCCGUGCUCUCUCCGCAGAUCUCCUCUCCCCGUGCUCCUCUCCUCAGAUCUCCUCUCCCCGUGCUCUCUCCUCAGAUCUCCUAUCCCUGUGCGCUCUCCUCAGAUCUCCUCUCCCCGUGCUCUCUCUAGAUCUCCUCUCCCCGUGCUCUCUCCGCAGAUCUCCUCUCCCUCAACAAUCUCCUUUUGGACUUGGGAGGACCGAGCUCGGGAGGAGCAGAGCUUGGGAGGACCGAGCUUUGGAGGAGCAGAUCUUGGGAGGACCGAGCUUGGGAGGAGCAGAUCUUGGGAGGACCGAGCUUUGGAGGAGCAGAUCUUGGGAGGACCGAGCUUUGGAGGAGCUGAGCCUCCUGCCAGCCUUGCCAUUCUCGUGCACCAGUCUCCAACAUCCACCACAACAGUUGUGAUUCAAACAUGGCUGGCUCCAAAUCGAGGAAAUCGAGGAAUCGACGUGGGAGGCCUUCUUCCUCACCAUCGCCAUCGCUAUCGCCAUCGCCGCAAGCUUCUCAGCCGAUGAGUCAUGCUGGGGGCAGUGGCAGUGCGGCAGCCAGUGGCAGCGGCACCGGCAGUGGGAGCAUGGUGGGCGGCGGCAGUGGCAGUGGUAGUGGGAGCAGCGGAUUUCGUGUAAACGACGCCAUCGGCUUUAGUCCUACCGAAUCAUACGAGGAAGCUAUUCAGCAGUACAACGCGGGCCGCAUCCCGUUAUCUCUGGACGACAUGGUGAAGAUUGCUACUCUCCGCAUCGUCCACAACUCAGUCCCAGAGCCGGCGUCAGCAUAUGACUGGCAGGCACUUGUGGAGAGUUUAGUUCCAGAACAGUUCUUCCGCCUGCAGGGGAAGAGAAAAUGGGUGACGGAAGUGCACGAAUUUUUUGGAGUAUUGCAAUCAUUCCAUGUGACUCCAGAAUUGGCAAGGGCAAGAAUCUUGAGCAUUUUCAGUGCUCAGAAUUAUGGGGACUCGGCCCUCUACCGCGCACGACACGUCAGUGGCCCUUUGGCUUUGCCAGAGGGCGUGUUGAUUGGUGUCAACACCUACGGGGUGCAUUUCUUCAGUGCUGAACCAAAAGUGUACUAUCACUCCGUUAUGCAUUUUGACUUGAUAAAGUUCGGUGAGGUAUCUGGUCAGUUCGCCGUGAUCGUCAGGUUCCUUGAAAUGGCUGGCACCUUCAGGUUCGAAGUCCAUGAUUGGCUUGCGCUGGCCAACGCUAUUCAAACCAGCUCAUAUGUUGCCUUUGAUAGGCAAGGCUCCUGGUUCGUUCGAAAUGUCGGUGGUGCUGGUGGUGUUGGUGUUGGUGCUGGUGCUGGUGCUGGUGCUGGUAGUGGUGGUGCUGGUGUUAGCAGCGCUAGUGCUGGUGGCGCUGCUAGCAGUGCUGGUGCUAGCGGUGUUGGUGCUGGCGGUGCUGGUACUUGUGCUUGUGCUGUAAGUGCUGGGGAUGCUGCUGGUGGUGGUGCUAGCAGUGCCAGUGCUGGUGCUACUGCUAGCUCUGCUGGUGCUGAUGCUAGCACUGCUGGUGCUGAUGCAAGAAGUGCUGGUGCUGAUGCUAGCAGUGCUGGUGCUGAUGCAAGCAGUGCUGGUGCUGAUGCUAGCGCUGCUGGCGCUGAUGCUAGCACUGCUGGUGCUGAUGCUAGCAGUGCUGGUGCUGAUGCAAGCAGUGCUGGUGCUGAUGCUAGCCUGGCUGACGCUGAUGCUAGCACUGCUGGUGCUGAUGCAAGCAGUGCUGGUGCUGAUGGUAGCCCUGCUGGCGCUGAUGCUAGCACUGCUGGUGCUGAUGCUAGCAGUGCUGGUGCUGAUGCAAGCACUACUGGUGCUGAUGCUAGCCUGGCUGGUGCUGCUGCUAGCACUGCUGGUGCUGAUGCUAGCAGUGCUGGUGCUGCUGCUAGCACUGCUGGUGCUGAUGCUAGCAGUGCUGGUGCUGAUGCUAGCACUGCUGGUGCUGAUGCUAGCAGUGCUGGUGCUGAUGCAAGCACUACUGGUGCUGAUGCUAGCCUGGCUGGUGCUGCUGCUAGCACUGCUGGUGCUGGUGCUAGCAGCGCUGAUGCUCAUGCUAGCACUGCUGGUGCUCGUGUUAGCUGUGCUGGUGAUGCUGGUGCCAGCGUUGCUAGUGGUGCUGCUAGCAGUGCUGGUGCUGGUGCUGGUGCUGGUGCUGGUGCUGGUGUUGAUGUUGGCGUUGGUGCAGGAGGAACUGGUGGGACAGCUGCUGCUGGUGGCAGUGGUGGAGUUGAGGCCAGUCUGAUUCGUGAGCUGCAGGAUGUCAAGGACGCGCUAAGCCGCGAGCAGCAGGCCAAGAGGGAGGUCGAGGCGGAGAUGGAGGUGCACAAGCAGGAGGCCAACAGGGUGAAGGCGCUGGAGGUGCGUUUGGCGGAGCAGAGUGAAGCGCUGGCAGCGCUGGAGAAGGCCAAGGCAGAGAUGGAGCAUAGGGUGGUGCUGCAGCUGACGGCGCAGUUUGAGGCGGAGGUGAAGAGCAAGAAGCUGAGCAAGGAGAAGGAAGCGUUGGAGCUGCAGGUAGCUGGGAGCAAGCAGGGAGAGGCGCAAGCCAGGGCAGCUGCAGACGCCAAGGACCAGCUGCUUCGGAGGCUACGUGAGUUGGAGCACGUCAAAGAACAACAGUUCGAUGCAGACAUGGGUGCACUGAAAGCUGAGUUGGCGGCGGUGAAGCGGCAAUUGGAGGAGAGUCGCGCGGCAGAGGUGCAGCUGAGGGAAAGGGAGGCACAGUCGGAUUACGAAAAGCUGAAAGAGGAAAUGGAGGCGCGCCUGUUGGAGCAGCAGCAGAAGGCUGAGGCGCUUGAGAAGGCGCAGACGGAGAUGAGGAAGUCGUACAAGAAGGAGGUUUAUGAGCGCAAGAAGCUGUACAAUCUGCUGGAAGAUAAGAAAGGCAGGGUCCGCGUGUAUGCGCGGUGGCGUCCGCUCACUUCGGAUGAGAGGAAUAGGGGGGAGGAGAUGGUGGUGACGCGUGUGGACGAUUUCACCGUGCACGUGUUCAAGCCGAACCACAAGGAACCUUUUGUCUUCACGUUCAACCGCGUUUACGAUCACGAAGCUUCUCAAGAAGUCCUCUUCGAAGACACCAAGGAAAGCGGUUUCAAUAACAUUUCAGCUGGUAGAUUUGCUAGUGCUCCACGUUCGAUUUUCCGCAGCUCUUUUGUUUGUUGUAUGCGAAAUAUAGUCUCAUCAUUCACCACGAGGACAGCGUGUGCUUAUCAAGGCACUUCAAACGACCUGAUUCCUUCGGCCAUAGACGGAUACAAUGUGUGUAUCUUCGCUUAUGGCCAGUCUGGCAGUGGGAAGACCACGACCAUCCUUGAAGGUCCCAACGGUCCGGGCCUCCUGCCCCGUGCAAUGGAGCACCUCUUCACCCUCCUCAAGGGCAAGGCCUUCAAGCUGAAGGGGAGAGAGGGGAGAGAGGGGAGAGAGGGGAGAGAGGGGAGAGAGGGCAGAGAGGGCAGAGAGGGCAGAGGGGGCAGAGGGGGCAGAGGGGGCAGAGGGGGGAGAGAGGGGAGAGAGGGGGAGGGAGGGGGAGCGGGGGGAGGGAGGGGGAGGGAGGGGAGGGAGGGGGAGGGGGGGAGGGGGGAGAGGAGGGGGGAGAGGAGGGGGGAGAGGAGGGGGGAGAGGAGGGGGGAGAGGAGGGGGGAGAGGAGGGGGGAGAGGAGGGGGGAGAGGAGGGGGGAGAGGAGGGGGGAGAGGAGGGGGGAGAGGAGGGGGGAGAGGAGGGGGGAGAGGGGGGGAGAGGGGGGGGAGAGGGGGGGGGAGAGGGGGGAGAGGGAGGGGGGAGAGGGGGGAGAGGGGGGAGAGGGGGGAGAGGGGGGAGAGAGGGGAGCGAGGGGAGACACAGCAGAGACGGCAGAGAGGGCAGAGAGGGCGGAGGGGGCGGAGGGGGUCUACAUGCUGCAGCUGUACAAAGAAGAGCCGCAGGACUUGCUGCUGGAGUGUAGUGAGGACGAUCCAAAGCCGACGCUUUUGAUCCACAAGGUUGGCAAGACGGUGGUGGUGGAGGGCGUGACCAUGGAGGAGGUGGGAACUCUUGCUGAUCUGCAGCAGGUGGUGGCCAAGGGUCUCUCAAGACGCACUGUGGGAGAGACAGAGACGAACCUUGCCAGCUCCCGCUCGCAUCUCAUCCUCAUGAUGCUCAUCGAAACCGUCGAUCAGCGGACUGGGGACCCGUGUGUGGGGAAGCUAAGCUUUGUGGACCUAGCGGGGUCUGAAUCUCUGGAGAAGUCAGGGAAUCAAGUGCGGCAGGGUGAGGCCAAGAAGAUUAACCUGUCACUGCUCACCCUCGGACAAGUCAUCAAGGAACUGGCAUCAAAGGGAGCAGCCCCAGCAUAUCGUGAAAGCAAAAUCACUCAACUGAUGGAGGACUCUCUGGGUGGGGAUGCGAAGACCUUGAUGUUUGUCAACAUCUCCCCGAACACCAAGAAUGUGGAUGAAUCUUUGAAAUCCCUGAGAUAUGCUACUAGUGCGCACGAGAUUGUGAACUCUGUCACCAGGAAUGUGAUGAGCAAGGAUGUGGAGAGGCUGCAGAAGCAGGUGUCGGAGCUCAGGAAGGAGGUGGCGCGGUUGCAGAAGGAAGCGGAAGAAAGGGCAACUCUCACGAGGCAGGAAGGCUCAAAUGUGGGGGGGUGUAGCACGAGUGUGUGUGAUGAGGGAGAGUGAGGCGGAGGGUGAAGGCGGGGAUGGCUGUGCGAGGGAGAGUGAGGUGGCGUGGUUGGGUUGGGAUGGCACAUAUGGCACAUCAGUUGGCCCUUUGUUUGGUUAAAGUUGAUAGGGUGAGCUUUGCUCUUCGUGUAAGUUGUCUGGUUUGUGCCCUUUCUCUGGCCAUUGCAGACCCUUGUACCGUAUCAUAUUGGGGUUGUGAGGUGUUG